UAUACAGUAACAUCACUAUGGUGAUGUCUAAGGUAAUGUUAUUCAGUAGCAGGACUAUGGUGAUGUUUAGGGUACCUCCAUUCCCUCCUCAGGUGUGAUGCCUAAGCAUGGGCUGGACGUAACGGCCUGCGAGGUGUUUCGCUUCUACAAGCUGGUGACGCUGAAGGGGCUGAUCGAGCCCAUCUCCAUGAUAGUACCAAGGAGGUCAGAGACGUACCAGGAGGACAUCUAUCCAAUGACGGCAGGGACCGAGCCUGCCCUCUCAGCCAAUGACUGGUUGAGUGGUAUCAACCGAGACCCAGUGUUAAUGUCCCUGAAGAAGGGCUACCAGAAGCCCAACCAGCUGGUGUUCAAGGCACCGGUGAAGGAAAAGAAAGGUGUGGUGGUCAACGGCAUUGACCUGCUGGAAAACGUGCCACCCAGGACAGAGAACGAGGUGUGUUCAUCAGAUAACUGUAGAUGGAG